AUGCCCUCCAACAAAGAUCGACUCUACGUCGCCUUACACGCCCGUGCAGGAGGGCCCACCAUGCCCGGGAAGGAAGAUACAUACCACUGGGCGCUACUCAUUGCACCGAAGAACGAAAUAAAAUCCAGCGUAUGCCUCCAUUACGAAGCCAAAGAGCGCCUGAAAGCAGAUGGCACCGGGGAGUGGUUCUUUGAAGAGUCGACGCGCUCUGUCGGUCCGACGAGUAUGCUGUUGGUGCGGAUCAUGGUAGCGAAAAUAACUGAUAAAGAACGAUUGAUGAGACUGCUGAGGGAGACGCCUGUCAAACAGAACACACCGGGCUGGAAUUGCGUGAAAUGGGUGAGGGAGGCGUUAGAUAGGGUACACGCGGAUGGCAAGGUGUUAGGGAGAUGUGUUUUGGAUUGGGCGAUCAUUCGGGAUGCAGCGAUGAGAUACUGUCAGGCGAAAAGAGAUGAGCAUCGAUUUGAUGGGAAAGGGUCGUUUGAUAUUGAGACUGUUCCGACAUUCGAUUUGAUUGAGGGUAGGGAAACUGCGGUCUAG